GCUGACUGCAGAGCCGAAGCCUCCUUAUAAAAAACAGCCCGGAAGCCAUGCAUCAGUUUAGCACCGAAAUGCAGGAGAACAUGUGUGUGAAACUGGGAGUGUGUUGGUUAAAAACGUAAAGAGAAAUGCAGUGCCUGUCCAGAUCACAGAAGCACAGCCAGGUUAACAUGGGAUUCCACUGACUCAAGAAAGGUUUGCACUUUUCAGCCAGUGGAAGAGCUCUACACAUCAACAUGUCUCACCGUGGGCCUUUAACCGCGGUCAUCACAACAGUAUUAGGGGUGACUUUAGGGGGUCUGCUCGUAUGGAGAGUCUACCGCACAAAGAGGAAGAGGCUGCCUUCCAUCCAGAAGGUGGUCGAUCCUGUGGAGGCUCCCUGUCCUGUGGAGAAGAGUUUUAAAGCUGUGGAGAAUCUAUACACCCCCCCACCGCCGCCCCAGCAUCCUCCAGAGAAGGAGUUUAAGGCGGUGGAGUGUCAGACCCCACAGCUGCCCCCGCCCCUAAAGAUCCCGUCCUCUGAGCAGCUGCUGCGAGUGAAGCCCGUGACGGUGAGCUCGGAGGAGGAGUGGCUGCAGCUCUGGCCGCUGAUGCAGAAGGAGCUGACGGUGUUCCCCGUGCUGGGGCUCGACUGUGAAUGGGUAAAGACCGACGGCGUGUCGGUGAAGGGCCGCUCCUCCUCGGUGUCUCUGCUGCAGAUGGCCACAUACUCCGGUCUGUGCGUCCUGGUGAGGCUGCUGGCGUUUCGCAGCGGCCAGCAGAGCUUCCCUCUCAGCCUGAUGGAGGUCCUCAGAGACCCCCACAUUUUAAAAGUCGGCGUCGGCUGCUACGAAGACGGCAAGCGCCUGACGCGUGACUACGGCCUGUCGCUGACCUGCACAGUGGACCUGAGAUACCUCGCCUUGAGACGGAGGCAGGUGACGGUGAGUAACGGCCUGAGCCUGAAGUCUCUGGCGGAGGAUCUGCUGAACGUGCCUCUGGAUAAAUCUCUGGAGUUGCGCUGCAGCGACUGGGAGGCUGACGAACUGACGCUGCAGCAGAUUACUUAUGCUGCGCGGGACGCCCAGGUGUCCAUCGCUCUCUUCCUGCACCUCCUUGGCCUGGACUCUGAACCGGAACCCGAGUCCUGCAGCAGCAGCUCGUACUCUGACCUGGCAUCUCGCUGCCAGGGUCUGCUAGACGUGUCCUUCAGGGGCCGAGGAGACUCAGAGGAUAAGGACGGAGAGAAGAGAAGGAGGACGCGGAAAACACCCACUUUUGAAAGUCCGGAGUCUGGAGAUCAGCAAGUCCCAGACCCUCGGAAGAACAACAAGAAGAAACCGCUGGGUGUGGGCUACUCCGCCAGGAAGUCUCCUCUGUACGAUAACUGCUUCCUCCACGCCCCUGAUGGCCAGCCUCUCUGCACCUGCGACAAGAAGAAAGCCAAAUGGUAUCUAGAUAAAGGAAUAGGAGUGCUGCAGAGUGAGGAGCCGUUCGUGGUGCGGCUGCUGUUCGAGCCGUCGGGACGUCCCGACUCUCAGCAGGAUUAUUAUCUGACAGCGAAGGAGAACCUCUGCGUGGUCUGUGGGAAAGCAGACUCCUACAUCAGGAAGAACAUCGUGCCUCACGAGUACCGCCGGCACUUCCCCACGGAGAUGAAGGACCACAACUCCCACGACAUCCUGCUGCUGUGCACCAGCUGCCACGCCGCCUCCAACGUGCACGACGGCUUCCUGAAGCAGCGGCUGGCCGACGAGUUCUCCGCCCCCCAGGGCUGCGAGGAGGGGGUGCGUCUGCUGGAGGACUCGGACCGGCGGCGGGUUCGCUCUGCGGCCCGAGCUCUGCUGACUGCCGGAGAGGCGCUGCCGGAGCAGAGGAGGCAGGAGCUGCAGACUCUGAUCAGGGAAUACCUGCAGAGCGAGCAGCUGACGGAGGAGGAGCUGCAGGAGGCCGCCGGGCUCGAGACCAGGAUCUUCAACGAGGCGUACGUCCCUCACGGUCUGAAGGUGGUGCGAGCAUCGGCCGAUCGGGGCCUCCAGGGCCUCAUGGAUUUGGAGCGCCGCUGGAGGCAGCACUUCCUGUCUGCCAUGCAGCCGCGGCACCUCCCCCCGCUGUGGGCCGUCGACCACAACCACAGCAAGUUCCUCCGCAAGUACGGAGAGGACCUGCCCGUCAAACUCAACUGAGCGCCGCGUCCGGAGAGUUCCACACGCCAAAUCGCUUUUUCUUUUUCAAGUGAGAUAAAAGGACCGAUCGACCAGCAUGUUCCAGCCCCCACCAGGAGUGUGUGUGAAUACACUCCGUCUGAGGAUGUGCUUUGGACUACUGUAGUGCCGGUUGGGUCCUGGAGAACUUAAAGGAAUAUCCUGUGACUGCAUACGGACACUUUUUUAUCUUGAAAGAUGUAUAAUUAUUUAUGAAAAAAAGCUCUAAAAUGUAUGCACUGAUUUUUAGAAGAAGCUGCUUCCUGCUCUUAAUUUCCCGCCUAAACCUAACCCCUGCCCCCCCACACCUGCAGGAAAGCAGCUUUAUGAACUUUAAGUUAUGAUUCGCUCAGCCUUGCUUUCUGUCUUCACUCUGUCUGUUUUAAGUCAGUAGCUGAACGUUUCCUCCCUGGAGUAUGAUAUUGGGGGGGGGGGGGUAAAGCUGGCUUGUUCAGUUGAUCAUUUAACCUCCAGAUGUUAGCGCCGUGCUGCUGAUGCUCUUCAGUCGGGACGUCUUCUGGUUCAUGUUUUAAUGAGCCUCUUAAUCCCAAAACUGGAGUCUCAUCGCAGCGUUGAGCGGCGACAAUAAACCCAGACGUCGAUUUACAGAAUCCAAACCGCACAGGUAAAAAUAAAAGGGCCAACUUUAAAGUGACUGAAAUAAUCCCUAACUUCCCCCUGCAGCAAGGAGGCUUCAUCUGUGGAGCUGAUGAUGAAUAUAUAAAUUGCAGCUGCUUCGUCUUUGGUUGUGUUUCUGGAUGUAAGCCGAAGAUGUUCUGUUUUCAUAAAUUGUGAACGAUACAAAAAAUAAAGUCUUGUUUGUAUUAAA